AUGUUGUCUGCAAAAGCCACGUGCAACUCCCAUGGCCAAGAUUCAUCCUACUUCCUCGGAUGGGAGGAGUACGAGAAACAUCCAUACCACCAACUUAAAAAUCCCAACGGUAUCAUUCAGAUGGGCCUCGCCGAGAAUCAACUCUCAUUCGACCUUCUGGAAUCAUGGCUCCAGAACAAUCCUCAUUCAGCCGGAUUCAAAAACGAUAAUCAUUCACUCUUCAAGGAACUUGCCCUCUUCCAAGAUUAUCAUGGCCUUCCUGCUUUCAAAAACUCAUUAGCCGAUUUCAUGUCAGAGAUUAGAGCAAAUAAAGUAACAUUUGAUCCAAACAACCUCGUACUCACCGCCGGAGCAACCUCCGCCAAUGAAACUUUAAUGUUUUGUCUUGCUAAUCCCGGCGAGGCUUUCCUCCUUCCCACCCCAUAUUAUCCAGGGUUUGAUAGAGAUCUCAAGUGGAGAACUGGAGCUGAGAUAGUACCUAUCCAUUGCUCGAGCUCAAAUGGUUUCAGAAUCACCGAAUCAGCCCUCACAGAGGCAUACGAAGAAGCGCAAAAGCAAAACCUGAAAGUGAAGGGUGUUUUAGUCACAAACCCAUCAAACCCAUUAGGGACAUCACUGAGCUUGCAUGAACUCAACCUUCUCGUUGACUUUGUCUCCUCCAAGAACAUCCAUCUCAUUAGUGACGAAAUCUACUCCGGCACUGUUUUCUGCUCUCCUGGCUUCGUUAGCAUCAUGGAGGUCUUAAAGAACAGGAACCUUAUGAACACCGAUGUGUGGAAACGCGUUCAUAUUGUUUAUAGCCUUUCAAAAGAUCUCGGUCUACCAGGGUUUCGAGUUGGAGCUAUUUACUCCAACGAUGAUAUGGUGGUCUCAGCUGCAACGAAAAUGUCGAGCUUUGGGUUGAUUUCUUCCCAAACUCAAUACUUACUAUCAGAAAUGCUAUCUGAUAAGAAGUUUACAAGAAAUUAUCUAUCUGAGAAUCGAAGAAGGUUGAAGCAAAGGCAUGAAAUGAUGGAAAAGGCCCUACAAAAAACCGGUAUUAGAUGCCUCAAAGGAAAUGCUGGUUUAUUUAGUUGGGUUGAUAUGAGACACCUAUUGAGUUCACAAACGUUUGAAGGCGAAAUGGAAUUAUGGAAGAAGAUUGUGUAUGAAGUGGGGUUGAAUAUAUCACCAGGUUCAUCAUGCCAUUGUAGUGAACCUGGUUGGUUUAGGGUUUGCUUUGCCAACAUGUCAAAAGAAACCCUACUUAUAGCCAUGCAACGUCUAAGUUCUUUUGUGGACUCCAUGGCCAAGAAACAUAAUCAGAGUGGUCGCCGGCAGCCACUGAACAGAAAUUUAAGAAGAUCAAAGUCGUCACUGCCCAAGUGGGUUUUUUCACUGUCGUUCACCACCGCAAAGUCAGGGAAGGAAAGGUGUCAGAUGUGA